AACAUCUGAUAUACUCGAAAAAUGGUAUUUAGAAUUUAACAAUAAUAUAGAAGAAUUUCAAAAUUAUUUACUUAAUCAAACAUUCGAUAAUCCAUUAUUUGCUUGUUGGUCUCUUCGUGUUAAAUAUCGACAAACAUUUAUUAAGACAAUUAUUGAAUGGCUUGAGAAACAUAAUAAUACUGAAGUAAAUAGUCGAUGGUAUGAAUUAAUAGUUGACUUGGCAAGUCGAGACUCAUCUGAACAAGAUUGGUGUCAUACAAUAUACAUUCUUAGUAAUAAUCAAUGUGUUAUUCAUCGACAAAGUACAGCAUUACUUAGUCAUGGACUUACUGGUCUUUCAAAUUGGCCUGCAUCAAUAUAUCUUGGUGAUUAUCUAAUGAAAAGAAUACAUAUUCUAGAAAAUAAACGUAUAAUCGAAUUAGGUGCUGGUUCUGGUUUAC